AUGGGUCAACUCGGUGACAUCUCGCCUCAGGGCACCAUUGCUAUUGGGAUCUUCGUCGGCCUCCUGUCCACUUCUGUCCAGUCCCUGGGUCUGACCCUCCAGCGAAAGUCGCACCUCAUCGAAGAUGCCAAAGACCACUCCGAGCCGCGGAUCCCUCCCUACAAGAGACGACGAUGGCAAUUGGGCAUGUUGAUGUUCAUCGUGUCCAACUUGGUGGGCAGCACAAUCCAGAUCACCACGUUGCCCUUGCCUGUGCUCUCGACCCUACAGGCUUCAGGGCUGGUCUUUAACACCGCGUUCGCCACUCUCUUGCUCGGCGAACCUUUCACCCAUUUCUCUUUUGUGGGCACAAUCCUGACAUGUUCGGGGGCGGGCUUGAUCGCCACGUUUGGGGCGAUUGGUGAGCCGGCGCAUAACUUGCACCAAUUGCUCGGUCUGCUGAGCAAGCGCAACUUCAUCGCCUGGAUGGUUGGCACAAUGAUGGUGGUCGUGGCCACCAUCUUGUUCGCUCACGUCCUGAAGAUGUGGUCGUCCCACAAGCGGAUCGUGGAAAGUCUGCCAAAGAGCGAGAGACCUCGAGAAGGAUCAUCCAGUACUGACCGCCCUCGCAUCCUCUCUCGGUCUUUCACCGCUCAACUCCCUCAACCGCUGAAACUACGUGUCAGUCGUCUGCGGCUCGCGCGAGGCUUGUCCUAUGCUCUGAUCUCGGGCAUCUUGUCUGCACAUUCUCUUCUCGUGGCCAAAUCCGCUGUGGAGCUCCUUGUUAGGACCAUUGUCGACCACAAGAACCAAUUCGACCGAUUUCAGUCAUGGCUCAUCCUGGUGGCGCUCCUCUUCUUUGCCUUGACGCAGUUAUAUUACUUGCACCUUGGUCUUCGGCUGUGCAGUACCAGCGUAUUAUACCCCUUCGUGUUUUGCAUUUACAACAUUAUUGCAAUUCUAGACGGCCUGAUUUAUUUCCAACAAGGAUCGAGGUUGAGCUCGCUCCAUGCAGGGCUGGUGGCGUUGGGUACGGUUAUACUUCUUUCUGGUGUUCUGGCAUUGUCGUGGAGAUUGGAUGAUACGACACCCGCAGAAGCGCCCUACCAGACGCCCUCCCCACGAACUCCGCUGACGCCAGGAAUGGGAAUAUUGCGGUCACCCGUGGACGAAAGGGCUCCACUACUAUCAACAGGACGGAAGAGGAGCUACACCGCUGAUUCAAGACGAUCAGUGGACGAGCAGGCGCCCCUCGUUGUUAACCGUGCCCGCCCGCCUACACUUUCGAUUCAUGCACCGCCACCCGACACUGACACGGAGGGUAUCUGGGCAGAGUUGGACGACCAGGAGCGCCAGGAUGAUUACCUUGCAUCUCUGCCUCGAACGCCGUCGCCCUUCCUGGCACACAACUCCAUGACCCGUCAGAGGGGCGACUCGGCCUCCUCACAAGCUAUUUCAACAGAGAGCGAACACAACUCGGACCCGUCAAAAGUCGUCCCUUCGAAAGAUCGACACAUAUCGUCUCAAGGGGGCAAGGAUGCCCAUCGAAGGCGAAGCAGUGCUCCCGGAACUGGUCGGCGCGAACCGACCCAUUCUCAAGUCCACGCCCGUCAUAGAAGUACAUCCGUUCGGUUCGUCGACGAUAGAGACCAGGGAAAUGAUAGUAACGGCGAUGAUCAACUUGCACGACAGCCUGUUCGUAGUCGAUACGAUUACAGUGGCGCUCAAGACAAAGAAAAUGGACUGUAA